AUGGGGCCGCGAGUCAUUCGACUUUGGGUCAGAACGCCCUGGUUACGCCGGUUUGCUUCAACAAAGGGGUCAUCUGACCAAGAGGUCGAACUAGCGAGACUGUGGCUGAAAACUCUGGACUCCAAAACCGUACCCCGCCAGAUCGGUGAGCUGUCUUUCAGUCGGUCAAGCGGCCCAGGAGGCCAAAAUGUGAACAAGUCGGUGCAUAUCGGUGCAAUUCCGAGGCUAACGGUGGGGGGUAGAGUCAACACGAAAGCAACCUUGAAGGUACCUUUGGCCGCGCUGCUGCCUCUGGUGCCGCGUUUGCUCCACCCCAAACUGCACACUUCGCGCUAUGCGUCCGACCGGUCUCAGGCCUUAAUUUUUCAGUCCGACGAAUCCCGGAAACAAGCUAGCAAUGUGGAUUCGUGUUUCGACAAGCUCUACCAACUGUUAGAAAGCUCGGCCAAGGCCGUCAUUCCGGGGGAGACCUCCCCAGAACAGAAGGACCGUGUCCAGAAAUUACAACGGGCUCAAAAUGAGUCUCGACUUAAGUCCAAAAAAUUCCAAAGUGACAAAAAGAGUAAUCGGCGGGGGAAUAAGUAUGAUGAUUGA